AUGAGUAUUGACUUGGAAUACUAUGCUAAAAACAUUGAAGCUUGGUAUCAGAACGACGAUUUUUAUGAAUUGCGUACAAGAUACGACUUUUGCAAAAUCUUGAGCCUAGCAAAACUCUCAGGAGAGCAAUUUAAUAUUAUUCUCAAAAAGUUAAAGAACUUUUUCAUGGAAGAAGAUAUAAUGACGAUGAUAAAAGUCAUAAAAGUGAACUUGGGCACAGAUAUUUCCGAUGUUUUAUUAAUUUUAGAUGCAUUUGCUGCAUUUUUACAAUUACCUCUCUUUACAGAUAUGAAGAAGUUAAUACAGUGUGAUUAUGAAAUGAAUCUCCUACACCAAUGCCGUAAAACAGAAGAAGACUUUUUCAAAAUUUACAAAAUUCUCGAAUACGCAGCUCAAGAAGGGGAUGAAAAUACAUUAAAACAAUCAAUUGAAGAAGGAUACUGCAGGGUCAAGAACUCAUUUGGCGAUAAUAUCAUAAUUAGUGCAGCAGAUAAUGGAAACCUUGCUUUAGUUCAAGCUCUUAAGCAUAACGGUGCCAAAAUAAGAGAUACUAAUAAUUUUAAUAAUACAGUACUCCACAAAUUCUGCGAAAAUGGAAAUCUCGAAGGUGUCAAAUAUGCAUUAAAAUAUAUCGAUGUUAAUUCUAAAACAACAGAAGAUUGGACACCAUUGCACUUCGCAGCAGCAAAUGACCAUGCUGAUAUCUGCGAACUCCUUCUCCAACAAAAGGACAUCGAAAAGAAUCAUGAAAAUAACAGAAAAGAAACUCCACUCGCAUUAGCAAUUUCAAGGAAUAACAAAAAAGCAAUAGAAGUAUUGAAGAGAGACCAAAACAAUGCGACUACCAUGUCCAGUCCAAGAAAGCCUAUCAGGGUAAUGCGCAAAAGAAUUUUAAGACCUGGAGAUGAAUGGUUUUAG